AUGGGCUACGUGAUCGGAAACAUCUAUGUUAUCACGACAGUGGCCGUCAUAGGCGGCGCUCUCUUCGGGUUUGAUAUUGCCUCCAUGUCAGCAAUUCUCGGCACACAGCAAUACAAGUGUUUCUUUAAUCAAACCGGCACUGGCAGCGAUGGUUCAUGUGGCGGUCCGACCUCCAGCACCCAGGGAGGCAUCUCUGCUGCGAUGCCUGGAGGCUCGUUUGUGGGAGCACUGAUUUCCGGUGUACUGACCGAUUGGCUUGGCCGCCGACUGUCGAUCCAGACCGGCUCUAUCAUUUGGUGUAUUGGCAGUGCGAUCGUCUGUUCCUCCUUCAGCAUUGGCCAGUUAGUCGUCGGUCGCUUCAUCAAUGGACUCUCUGUUGGCAUUCUGAGUGCGCAGGUCCCUGUGUAUGUUGCCGAGCUCGCUCAGCCCAGUCGACGUGGGCAGGUGGUGGGUGCACAGCAAUGGGCCAUCACAUGGGGCAUCAUGAUCAUGUUCUACAUUUCCUACGGAAGCAGCUUCCUCGAAGGUAACGCGGCGUGGCGACUACCAUGGGGUCUGCAGAUGGUUCCGGCCGUGAUUCUAUUUGGCAUGUUCUUCUUGCUCCCGGAGAGUCCACGAUGGCUGGCAAAGCACGACCGCUGGGAGGAAGCUCAUGAGGUUCUCGCUCUCGUCCAUGCAAAAGGCGACAAGUCCGCAAUAUUCGUUCAGACGGAGCUGUCGGAGAUUCGGGAAAUGGUCGAGUUUGAGCGCGCCAAUGCAGACGCCUCAUACGUGGAUCUCUUCCGAGGCAACAUGAUCUAUCGCACACAUAUCGGCAUGUUCACCCAGAUCUGGUCCCAGCUCACCGGCAUGAACGUCAUGAUGCUGUACAUCACGUACGUCUUUGGCAUGGCAGGUCUUUCAGGAAAUGCAAACCUUGUCGCGUCAUCGAUUCAGUACGUGAUUAAUGUUGUGAUGACGAUCUUUGCACUGCUCUUCAUUGAUCGCUGGGGGAGACGAGUUCCGCUUCUGGUGGGCUCCACGCUGAUGAUGACUUUCAUGUUCGCCAACGCCGGAAUCAUGGCAAGCUACGGCAAGCCUGCACCUCCUGGUGGUCUCAACAACACCCCCGAACAGUCCUGGGACCUGAGCCAAGCCCCAUCGGCGGCCAAAGGUGUGAUUGCUUGCACCUAUCUCUUCGUGGCCAGCUUCGCUCCCACCUGGGGCCCAGUCAGUUGGAUUUACCCCCCUGAGCUGUUCCCGCUGCGAUUGCGUGGAAAGGCCGUUGCUGUUUCGACGGCAUCGAACUGGAUCUUCAACUUUGCGCUGUCUUACUUUGUGCCUCCAGCUUUUGAGAAUAUCAAAUGGAAGACCUAUCUUGUCUUUGGUGUCUUCCUAUUUGCCAUGACCGUUCAUGUUUUCUUCGCGUUCCCCGAGACGGCUGGCAAGACUCUAGAGGAGGUGGACAGCAUGUUCACUACCCCUGGAUUGAAGCCCUGGAAAACUCAGGUGCGAUAUCGCCAGGUUCGCCAGCUUGAAGCAGGUAACGUUCAGGGUGGUAAAAUGGGCGAUUUCCCAGCCAAGGCUGGAACGCAUGCCGCUGAGAAGGAAGGCGCAACCGCCGUUCAUCAGCAUUGA